GACGGACACUGACAAAAGAUGAUGGCCAAACUGAGUUUGGUAUUCCUAACUGUCAUACACAUAACAGUUGCAUUUGAGUUUAAAAAUCUUGGCCCUCCAACAUCCCAUCCAAACCAGUUUAAUCCUCCUUCAACUGUGGACAAAGAGGUAAAGAAGGCCGUAAGUGAUCUAAAGGCACAAGGGAGUCGCCUCGAGAAGCAGGAAGAGCUGAUUGCAGAGCAAGCAGAGCUUCUGAAUAAGCUGGGAAGGCAUCAGUACCAACAAGAGAAAUUAUUGAAGGAUCAAGAUAGACAACAAAAGGACCAAGAAAAGCACAUUGGCAGGCUGGAUCAGUUGUUGUCACAUAUGCAUGCAUCACAACAGGAAGAGAACUCCCGUUUGUCAAACAUUGAAGAAAAGCUGCAACAGAUGGAAGCUAAGGCCGUAACCACUGGGAAACCUGAGGCUCACCAACACGGUAAAGUCCAAGUUGGCUCUGCGGUAUCAAAUAACAUGUCAGAGAUUGAAAGGGAGGUCGUCACAGAGAAACAUGGCGGAAACUUCAGACACAUUGAAAACGCGGGCCUAUCCUUUGCUCUGGUUACGAAGAACGUGAAGAGUUCGGAAAUGGAACAUCAUUGUGCUGAGCUCGUUGAAGGAGGUCGACUAAUUGUCCUGGACACGAAGCAAAAGUAUGAAGCAAUGCAGGGCUAUCUGAACAAGAACAUGGACAAGAAGAAUUUUUUUUAUAUUGGACUACGAAAGCAGCGGAACGAGAAGACGCAUCGCUGGUCCAACGGAGUAAAGAUCGACGAUAACUUUUGGUGCGCGAAAACAGGGCAAGCACACAAGAGAAAAUGCGCUUCCGUAAUACACAGGGUGGGCGUGGGAUUCUGCAUAGGGGUGAUGAGUUGUCACGGUGGCUAUAGCAUUUGUGAAAAACCUCGACAAUGAAGAAACAUGGUUAUCGAAGUUCACCUACAUUAAAUAUAUAUAUACACAGUAAAAAAAGUGUUGCACCCCACAUUAAUACGUUUGAUACAUCACAACAUUU